UAAGGCAUUAUCGUAUGAUUCUAAUUCAAUCACGAGCCAUUACACCAGAUUUUUCUACGUAGGACAUUUAAAGACACCUACUAGCUAGCUGUCUUUCCUCAUUCACUCUCUAACAUUGCCUCUUUCUCGAGACUGCUCGCCCAAAUAUACUUGGAGUAUAUGCCUUCAGAUAAUUAAUUACAUCUGAAAUCCUAUUUCCCUCGCCAAUCGUCACAGACCUCCAACAUCGCAACCAAGACGUCUAAGACCAGUACAGAACAGGACGCACCAUGGUAAAUCUACCUCAAUCAGGGAGCACAUAUGGGGCUUAUCCUGUCUACACUGGCUUCUGGACAGACUGGUCUCGGGGAAAAGUGUUAGGUUCAACGCUGACACUGACUCGAGAAGACGCUAACUUGCUCAUUGCCUUUGUCGCUUUUUUCCUAACAGUUGUAACCGCACAACUAUGGUCGAUAGCAUGUUUCGCUUCUCAUUCUUUUCUCUCGACGCAAGAUCCUCGAGACAUGUUGCACCACCAACGACAAGCUAUUCUUCGCAACAACGGAGCACCAGCCGGUACAGCCCUCACUUUGAUACGGCUAGCCUGGGCCUGGCGGCGAGGCUCGGGGGUUGUCCGCCGAGUCGUUCCUCUCUUCGCAUGUACUAUUGUACUGGCUAUCGGAUUUGCUGCCGCUGCUGGUUUCUCUUCGAGAAUUGCCCUGGGCAACACCGUACUCCUCAGCCCUCGCAAUUGUGGGUUUUUUAACACCAAUGUAGGCGUAUCUCCGGAUACGGAAUCAAACAUUAUAUUGCCCUGGCAAGCGAGGCAAUUUACCAAAGCUUCAAACUAUGCCGAGCAAUGUUAUUCCACAAGCGGAACAGCAGCUGACUGUUUGAACGGGGCAUACGUGAAACGGGAACUCGCUGUCUCUGUCGACAAAAAUGCUGUUUGUCCAUUUGGCGGGAAUAUAUGUCCGAGUAAUUCAUCCAACAUCCGAUUGGAUUCAGGCUUCAUUGACUCUCAUUUCGAUCUCGGUGUAAAUGCACCUCCGAAUCAGCGGUUCCAGUUCAAAAUGGUCCUACACUGCGCCCCGCUGAAAACGAAGGGCUAUCGUUCAUUCCACACCAGGGACAACCAAACAGUUGCUCGUUAUUACUACGGGAGUACUACGUAUAGCAACUAUACUUACGAGUAUCGCACACCUGACCAGUUUAUAACCGCCUCGAUCGUAGAUGAAAAUCAGACUCAAUUAGUCCCCUUGCAUGAGUUUCUUACAAAUCAAUACUCUCUCGCCUCAUCGCUCGCGGCGUUUUACAAUGGAUCAUACUCAAUAUUAGAUUCGAGUUCCAGUUUUCUUCCCAUCCCUGAAUUAUCUAGCUACGGAUCAGACAUCUAUAUCAUUUUUCUAUCGCCUAACCAAGUUUUAUUCCCACAGCCUACAGCUGACCCGUGGUAUAACAGCUCGAAAUCGGGAUCUCUCUGGGCGGAGGUCGUAUACUCGGACCAACUUAAUGAGAGCUAUCGUGGGUAUAUAUCCACGGAAGCUGCUUCUCCCCUUGGAUGCACGCAUCAGGAGCAAUACUGUUUUCCGAAGCUUCCAGGAGGACAAAAUUGUACACCACUUACAGGUGCUCGAGAUUCUGGUCUUGCCGUUCAACGGCUUGGCCUAAAUAAUGAAACAUUGAACAGGUUGUUCUGGGUCCAUAACUCUUUCAUCGCUGCGACACCUACAGUCUUCCAGACGGUAGGGAUUUUAGGGGGAGGUUCUUUAAACUCUCGUUUUAAAUUAUCAGGGGAGUUACAAGGCUUUCUACCUCCAGACCAGUGGCAGCUGGAUGUUCAGAAUUGGAAUUCCAUCGUUCAAGCUUUGUUCCAGCAAUCGAUGAUUUCGACUACUCUUGGAGAUUUACCAGAGUUCUCUGAUGCUGACGCUGAAAUAUACGUCGUACAUCCGGAGUCAGAUGAAGAGAAGACUAUCUGUUCAAGCCAGAAAAUCAACAGCGCCUACCAUGUCUCCUUUAGCGUCGUUGGUAUCGCGGUCAUAGCUAUAAUUGGGCUCUUCGUCAUUGUCACAUCUCUCACCGUUGAGUCCAUCACACACUUCAUACAAAGACGCCUGAAGCGGAGCGCAUAUCGGCGUCUAGAAUGGAUAUCUACGGGAACACUACAGCUUCAACGACAGCUUUACGAAGCCCAUGGGAUUGACGAAUGGAGAAACUGCGAUGAGGCAAUACCUAUUCUAGAAGAGGAGGGUGCGCUACUGCCGGUACUAGACAUAUCAGAUGAAACGCACCCUUUAACGAAACGGAGAUCGCAGUUCAUCAGAGAUCGCAAACAACCCAGUACAGAGGGACCGAGUGGGACAGAAUUGCCAGACGUUCCUGAGACGCCGGACUGCCAAGGCAAUCGUUCUCAAGAGAUGACUGCCAUCGAGCAACAUCAGUGCGAGGCGAUACAACAUGAUACACUGAUACGCACUGAGAUGGUCCCGGUGAACGAGCGCACAAGCAGCCCUGACCUACCCAUAGUCGUCAGCGAGCCACGAGACUACAGGGUGCCAGUAUCGGUCCAGGAGGCUCUGGAGCGUCGAACGAGCACCUACCCUUAGCAUGUCGAACCGUCAUUCUCCAUAUCUCUCACAGAUGAGGGAUCAUGGCGUGCCCUGGAGCUCUUGAGAACUGCCCAAUACAACAACCAUUCAGUUCUAUUACACAUGUCUGUUAUUUUCUAUCUCAUGUAUUAGUAUGUGCGGUUUGGUUUAAGAAGAUAGUCGGCGCCGAGAUCAUGGUGUUGACCUCUUAACUUCUAGCUGACUGGUUGUCGUUACUUGGGUGAAUUAGGGGUGGUUGCAAAUUAACUUAGUGAGAACAAUUGUAUAAUGAAAAGCGUCUAGAUAAAUAUUCUAUCAUACCGUAACUAUAUACUGUUGUUGAUCGGC